AUGGCAACGAAGCUUAGUAGGGAGGAGAAGAAGCGGCUAGUGGAGUACUUGAAGACUUUAAAGAGAAUCAACGUGGCGGCGUUACAGAAACAGCUGGAGAAAUGUGCUAGAAAUUGUGAAUCUAAAGUACUUCGAAGAUUGAAUGGAGUUAGCGUUACCUUAAGAAAUGUUAAGGUGAAAGAUGCAUUAGAAGUAGAAAGGCACCAUAGGCCACAUAUCCGUACAUUGCUUUCGGAUAUUGAUAAACUACAUAAGAAUGAGUUGAAGUUACAAGCAUCAGUUUAUGAACAAAAGUAA